UGAAGGUGCAUUGGAAUGCAUUUCAAUGCAGCAAAGUCCCAAAUCUUGAGAAUUGAUUGGUCAUGACUCCGCCAUUGUAGUCGUAAUCACCUUCAGCCAUCAGCAUCAUAUAGCGUCAAGAAGCUCAAGAAAGGACGGGAAAGCUUUGAGCGAACUCAACGGUCUGAUUCAUCUGUGUCUUAGCUGCCCGAAUUUGUUGAAUAUCUGUGGGCAAUGGCAGACCUCCUUGAGCAUUUGAUUGUCCCGGGGCAGUGCGGGGUUCAAGGGUAUAAGAAUGGGAUUGAACCUCUGCUUGAAUUACAGCAUCAGCAUCAGCAUUCUCAUCAAACUUUAGACUCAAGUUCAAGCCAGAGCAACAUGAAACAGCGCAGAGAAAGUGUCAAUUACCGACCUACCACUUCUCGAUCUUCAUCAGACUCUGAAGGUGUGUCGCUCAAGUCGUCACCUUCGCAGAAAGAUAUUAUAUUCUUCUCUCCACCGCCGCAGCAACAGCAUCACCAAACGAGAUCAAAUAUGGCGUCUUCAUUUCUCAUCCCUUCUUCCUUGGGAAACCCAGUCGAUCAAUAUCUUUCCUCAACUGUGGCUGCAAGCAACUGGCCAGGCAAUAGGACUGGUCUUUUGAGCCCGCGCCAUGCGAAUUAUUCUCAGAGCACGCCCAGUGGGGCGUGGUCGAAUGAAAAAGAGGUUCUCUCUGACCAAUCUAUUCAAGCGGUGACAGCCACGGGUCCCAACAAAGUAAGCGUACUGUACAACAUGUGCCAGGAGAGGGGUGUCGUUCCCGGCCUUACCUGUAACGAUGUCCAAGGUCAUUUCGUCGCCAUUCUGAAACUCGGCGAUCAAACGUUCCAGGGUGCUUUUCCGCGUCCAAACAAAAAGGCAGCCAGGCAAGAUGUAGCUGCCAUGGGAAUAGACGCUUUACGGGCUAUGCCCCUUGUGACGGGGCAAGCAUAUAAACAACAGCGGCAGGUGCAAAGGCAGCAAUUACAGCAUCAACAACCCACGCUUACUGAUACCAACAGCGGUCCUGGCGAAAUCCAGAAUUGGAUUGGCAAAUUGGGAGAAUACUGCGCGGCAGAAAAUAUCCCGGAACCACAUGACAACCCAAUCGAAGGCGGUCCGCGGGGAUAUGCGCACCAGGUCUUCAUUACCGACAAGGACAGCAACAGCGGAACUGACGAGCAAAGUAAGAGUCGGACUCUCCAAUUCGGGAAAGCGGACAAUUUCUUCCCAAGCAAGCAAGCAGCCAAGGCAAAUGCCGCGCAUGAAGCUGUCGAAUGGCUCAUUGCCAAUGGUCGUAUGGACCAGUCGGGAGUCAGUAUGAAGAAGGCCAUGAAACGGUCAGGUGCUGUAUCACCACCAGGCACUGCCUCAGCCACGAAUGGACUGGCACCGCAGCAUAUUUCGCCCGCGCAGAGAAUUAAUGACCCCAAGACUCCAUACACAAGACCGUACAAUACUCCGCUGUACGAACUUGACUCUGAUCCCAUGGAGAAACAGACCUCUGCCACACUCUCGGCCUCGGAAACUUUGAAUACCGCCUCGAGGCGCCCUCUCAUUCUCCAGCAAAUUUCUCGGGCGGUGCAGUCUUUGCGCAGAAUCCGUACGUCUCGCUCGUCUCCUUGCGGCUGUCGCCAUCUUCUUCGUCGUCUCAGACCCUAUCAGGGGACACGCGAAAUCGUAACGCUGCCCAAGUGGUCCGUCGACAAGGAAAUGAGCUAGUGCUUGGUUAUGUAGAAAACGUGUUUGGACGGAAAAACGCCAAAGAUGAAUGCGCACGCAAAGUCCUCCUGAUUUUGGAAGAGGAGUUGCGUGUUAGGAAGGAGCGUUGUGGGUGGAAUUGAGUUUCGGUUUGUGGCUUAUAUUUUUACGCUU